AUGGCCUUUCGCCUACCCCCUCAAGUUACUCGCCGUCGCAAUUCCUACUCAACCCAAUAUGUCCCUGAGCCUGAUAUUCCUUCUCCCGUCUCUCCACUCUUCGAGAACGAGAACGAAUCCACGCAAUGGGUGCUCUUCUCCCCACCCCAACCAUCCACCGCCCGCACUCACACGACCUCCACUGAACGCACUCCGCGAAGAACUGGAGCAUCCCGCUUGAGCGAUUUCGGCUCCUUUGACACAGCGACCCGUUCUAUAUUUGGGUCCGAGGGUGAUAACACGGAGGGCGAUGCUGAAGAGCCCCUGGAUGAGGAUGGAACGGAAUUAGACAGCCUCGACGAUGGUCUGCACGCUUUCCGGGCUCCGUCUGUCACGCAGGAGUCUACAUCACGGCUGAAUCAGUCCACACCAGCGGUCCUUCCAACUCAUGAUGGGCUGGGGAGUUUCCAUGCAUCCAGUCAGCCCGUGCAGGAGCAGUUGUGGCAGUAUGAGCAGUUCAAUCCCCGCCGGCGGGGUGACGUGCGUCCGAGACGUCGCUCGAGUGUGCAGCGUCAGCUGGACACGGUAGAGGAUCGAGAGCAGGUUGAUAUGGAGUAUGAUCGCUGGCGACGUAUCGAGAAAUGGAGAAUGGACCAGAGCCGGGCGCUCUUGCAAGAGAUCGAAAGGGAGACACGACGGCGCCGACGCAAUAGCCGGGUCAGUGUGCAGACCGACCAGGUGACUUCUCGACCCAUUGUUCCAGGCACGUCUGAUGGUGCCUUGGAGACACCGAAGGAAGAUUCGUUGCAACCGCACCAGGAGUCUGAGGAGGACGAGUCCUUCUGGCGACGCAUCACCCGAAAGGUGAUUCGGGACUUGAUUGGCAUCGACGACUCUCUGCUUUCUGUCAUUUUGGGCGAGUCGCUGCCAGAUAUGGGGUCGGAAGACAAUAAAUCAGCAGGAACCGACAACAGUCUCGACCUGAGCAAGACACUUGGGGAGCUGGACUCCAUGCCGGAUGAGCAAGGUCUUUGGCAGAGCAAAUUACUUCACCGGAUCGCACGCGAAUUGGGCAUCUUGGUCCACCAUCUUUGCGAACACCCCGGCGCCUUUACGACAUAUCUCAACGUCACGAAUGAGAUACCAAACGAGUAUGCAGGCAUACCACUUGGCCGUCUAGCAGAGGAGAAUGAAGCUGCAUCACAGGGUGCAUCCGCCGAACCUGCCCUCCACACCGCGAUGAGCAGUCAGGAUUCAAUGAUGUCACCACAAUUUUCGCCUACGAUGCGCGAUCCCACCAGCAGAGAACAUGCCGCACACUGGGGCAUCGAGGACGAAGAGGACGCAAGCCGCGAGCCACUCCCCGAAUCCACACGACUCCAGCAAGAAAAGGAUUACUGGGAGCGCGAGCUGGACGUGAUGAUGCUUUUCCGCUACCUUCGCAACCGCUUCGGCCGGCGAGGUAGCAACGCGGACAGCACCCAUGCAUGCUCACGUCGUCACCCACAGGAUGCGUCCCGACGCGCGGCAAUCAUCCGCCAGCACCACCCCCUCGUCGCACGGGCUCAUUCACGCUCUCAAGCCCAGCUCCGACGUCAGUCUGGGCCCACAGGCAUUACAUCCCCGCUGCUCCGUCAACACCUCCACCGACCCAGUUCAAGCUGCGCGAGCCAGACAAAACUCUCUGCUCUCUCCAGUCGGCGAACGCUCACCAGUUCCAGCCGGAAUUACUGGGACAUUGGCGGAAGCAUCGACAGCGCGAGCGCCAUCGCACCCCCUGUCGCGGCUGGCAUGGGGGUUUGGGCCGAUGUCUGA